GCCAAACGGAAGAUGAAGCUGGUGAAGAAUCCGUGUUUGCGUUUGACGGCUCUCCUUCGCUGCCUCGCCUUCUCCUCUUCCCCCGCCGCCGCUUCCAACGCCGUCGAUUGCGAAUGUGGCGUAGGCAACCGGAGCGACGUGAACCACCUCUUAACUGAGAAACCCUCCCACAAUGCCUCACUUCGCCACCUUAACUACCAGCUCCGCUCCCUGCUCGGCUCCGUUUCUCCCGGCGGCCUCUCCGCCGCCUUGUCGAUCCUCCGCGGGAUGCUUUCCCCUGACUCCGUUUCCCCUCCUGAUGCCGCCACUCGGUCGAUCGUUUUCUCCUGCUUGGCCAAGCGAAGCCAUCCCUUGAACGAGGAGUCCCUCGCCCUCCUCGUCAAGAUGGCCAAGAUGGGGUUUUUCCCGUCCGACGCCUUCCUGUUCACUCAACUCAUCAACAAGCUGUGCCGCUCCGGCGCCACCUCUGGGGCCUGGGAUUUCUUCCACGCGGUAAAGGAUGCUGGCGGCUCGAUCGAGGCCCCUGUGUGCAACGCCCUCUUGACUGGCCUCGCUACAAUUCGAGACUUCGGAAGGAUGAAUCUUCUGUUUUCAGAGAUGAAAGGCUUGGGCGUGCGCCCCAGCAUAGUCACCUUUGGUAUACUCAUCAACCACCUCUGCAAAUCCCGUUGCCUCGACGAUGCACUGAACGUGCUUGACGCAAUGUCAAGCCCGGAUUCGGGAGUGUCCCCUGACACAGUCAUUUUUAACACUCUCAUCGAUGGGCUCUGCAAGGCAGGAAGGCUUCAGGAUGGUCUCUCCUUGCUUGAUAGGAUGAAAUCAAGCCAUGCUUGUGAUCCUGACAGUGUGACUUACAACAGCUUGAUCAAUGCCUUCUGCAAGGCUGCAGAGUUGGACAUGGCUCAUGAAUUGCUUACCAGGAUGGAGAAGGAAAGGGUGGCUGUUAAUGUGGUUACGCUGAAUACAUUUGUAACUGGAAUGUGCAGGCAUGGGAUGAUCGGAAAUGCCCUUGAUUUCUUUCAAAAGAAAAAGGUCGAGUGGCCAGAAGUUAAAGGCAAUGCUGUCACCUAUAGCACCCUUAUUGGUGCUUUCCUUCAUUCCAACAAUAUAGGAAAGGCGACGACAUUGUUUGAUGAGAUGAUCAAGGAAGGAGUUUCCCCAGAUUCUACGACAUACUUCACUCUCAUCUCUGGGUUGACUCAAAUUGGUAAACUGGAUGAUGCUUAUUCGAAUGUGUUGUUGAUGAGAAAGAAUGGUUUUAGAGUAGACAUAAAGAGCUAUAACACUUUGAUCAGUGGGUUUUGCAAGAAGAAGAGAUUGGAUAAGGCAUUCGAGAUACACAACGAAAUGUGCAAGACAGGGCUCAGGCCUGAUAUCUUCACAUACAAUAGUUUGAUUGAUGCUUUCUGCAAGGCUGGUGAUUUUUCAAAGGCUGAUAAAUUCCUUGGCGAAAUGGUCCAUGAUGGAUACAAACCUAAUGUUGUCACUUAUGGAAUCCUGAUCAAUGGUUACUGCAAAGCUGGUGAUCUUGACCAGGCCAUGAAGAUCUUCAGGAGCAUGGACGUGUCGGUGGUGCCGGCCAACUUGGUUAUUUAUAACAUCCUCAUCGAUUCUUAUUGUAAGAAUCAAAAUGUUGAUGCUGCAAUAGAACUCUUCGACGAGAUGCAGAAACAAGAUAUAUUGCCCAAUGCCACAACGUACACCUCCAUUUUCAAGGGUCUUAAGGACCAUAACAUGUCUGAUAAAGCCUUAGAGCUUAUGGACAAGAUGAAUUCGCAGGGAUGCAAACCAAACUAUGUGACAAUGGAUGUUCUCACGGACUGGUUAACUGCGAUUGGUGAGAUCGAGAGACUGAGACUAUUUGUGCAACGGACAACAUCUUCUGAUAUCAACUCUGGCAAUCCUGAUGUUUAAUCUUAUAGAUGCUUCUUAUUUAAUGUUGAGUUGUACCAUACAUAAACAAAUGAAACGAGAUAUUUUUUAGUCGCAGAAUUUA